AGAGUUCAUUUUCAAUUCUCAAAACUCAUAAACAUCAUGGUCGACUCUCUCAUUAUUCCGCCCCGCCCUGCUGGCGACCCUCACAAGCAGUUUUUAUGCCUUACCAUUUGCGGCUAUAAGAAGGAAGGUAUGAGUGAGGAGGACUAUAGACAUCAUAUGACACAGGUCUCGGCACCGAUGACCAAACAUCUCAUGGUAAAAUAUGGCGUCAAGCGAUGGACGAUGAUCCACAAUCAGGAAGAAACUCGGGCCCUCAUGAAGCGGCUAUUCGACCACCAAAUGGCCAAUUUGGCCGACUUUGACUGUUUCAGUCAGGUUAUCUUCAAAGAUGUAGAUGAUUACAAGCGUAUGAAGGAUGACCCGUGGUACAAGCAACAUCUGGUUGGGGACCAUGAGAAUUUUGCCGACACAAGGCGAAGCGCGAUGACUAUUGGCUGGAUUACUGAGUUCAUUCGGGAUGGUGAGGCUGUUGAUGGAAUGAAAGACUACCAGGCGCCAACCCCCCUCGGCACAUUGAUUCGCACUACGCAGAACGUGCUCCCGGUAAUUGUGGUUUUGUACGGAAUUUAUCGAUUCACGACCAAGUAA